CAAUCAGCUAACAGGCGGCAACAGCUGUUUCGCAUGUACAUACAUAGGUGGGUACAUACAUGAGCACCGCCCACCCACCCAUUCAGACGCCAAGUCUCGCCGUCUGAAAGAUAGCUAAACAAGUUCCCAUAUCAGUGUUCCAUGCCCAUUCGGAAUUUGACGAUAUGCGGGGAUUAUGCCCGAUGAUGUAUUAAAUGCUUUUUAAAAGCCAACCCACCUAAUCAAGUGCAAAUAAGAUUCGGGUUGUGGCUGAUAAGGGCCGAUAAGGUCUCGCGGGGAGUGGAAGGUUGGGGAAGGGGCAAUGAAAUCUAGCAGACAGAUUAAAAAUAGUAACUCACUGGUACGCCACCGAAAGAGGGCCAGAGAGAACGGAAACAGAGAGCCCGAACAUAUUGCCCCAACGAACCGGUACAAUGUGGCGAACGAGCAGCGGAAUCGGUCACUCAAUAAGUGGCACUGCUCCAAGCAAGACGCUCCAUAACGUCUAUAAAUAAAGAUUCGGCCGGAUCGAAACUCGGCGGAUCGCGAUCGCUGCCACUGGCGGGAAGUGCGGGGUACUGUGCGAGUUAUAAAACACGCAGCCGCCAGCCACUAGAAAGUGCAUUCUACCACGUGCCUUUUCGAAUACUUUGUCUUCAAAAUUGAAUAAUGACCAGCCAGAAGAGCGGAAACGGCACCGCUCCAGGCCAGGCCACGGGCAACGGCCAUUUGGACGCAGAGGCAGCGGAAGGGCCUCCCCCCGCACACGGCGACGAGGACAACUCGCUGGACGCCAUCCUGGUGAGGAUCGGCCAGUUUGGGCGCUAUCAGAUCAUCAACUAUGUGCUGCUGUGCGUGCCCAUGCUCUUCAACGCCUUCUUUUCGAUCUCCUAUGUUUUUACCGCGAGCACAGUGGUGCACAGGUGCAAUGUUCCUCAGUGCGAUACGCCCAGUAGCUUAUACGAAGAAAGCUGGUUGAAUUUUUCGAUUCCGUAUAAGAACUCCGCGUGGGAUAACUGUCAUCGGUAUGUGGCCAAUGAAUCGGAUCCGUCCGUUGAUUACUGCGAAGCUAAAUACUUCUCCAAUGACGUGGAAACCUGCGGAAAGGACUUUAAAUUCAGGGAUGAGGAGAAAACCAUCUCAACCGAGUUUGGGAUUUACUGCAACGAUGAGUGGAUGCUCACAUUGGUAGGAACCAUCAACAACGUGGGUCAGUUCGUUGGCAUUCCCUUGGGAGGAUUCUUUGCCGAUCGGUAUGGGCGUCGAACCAUGUUGGCCUAUGCCGGCACCCUAAGCGCCUUCAUGGGCGUCAUCCGGUCGCUGUCCAACAACUACUACAUGUUUCUGGUGUUCGAGUUCCUGGACAUGGCGGUGGGCAGCACCCUGUUUCCAACCGCCUUCCUGCUGGCCAUCGAGUUGGUGGGUCCCAAGCGCCGGGUGGCAGCAGCGACUAUUAUUACAAUCGCUUACUCCCUUGGGGAGGCCUUUCUCGGGUUUCUGGCCUCGCAGGUGCAGGAUUGGCGCUGGCUGCUCCGUGUCCUCUACGCGCCGGCCGUGCUGCAGGUUCUCUUCCUGUGGAUCCUGCCGGAAAGCGUCCGCUGGCUGCUGAGUCAGGGCGCCGAGGAGAGGGCUGCCGACGUCCUGCGGCAGGCGGCACGCACCAACAAACGUCCGCUGCCUGAGGAGCAGGUGGAGGAGCUGCUUGCCGGCAAUCGGGAGAAGCUAAGCCAGUCCAACGAGAGCCAAUACCCCAUCAGGAAGGCCGUGCGGUUCUUCGCCCUGCGGAUCGCCAAUUGCUGCCUUUGUUGGUUCACCCACACACUGAUCGCCUUGGGACUGAGCCUUAAUUCCGUCAACCUGGGAGGCAACAAGUACACCAACUUCAUGCUGAAUGGCGUCAUUCAGGUGCCGGGCCUGCUUCUGCCCCUCAUCAUUAUGGAUCGAAUCGGCAGACGGUACUCGCUUUGCGCCUCCAUGCUGCUCUGCGCCAUCUGCAUGGGCGCCUCCGCAGGAGUGGGGGCAGAUAACUACGCGGGAGCCUUGACCCUCUUCCUCAUAGGAAAGCUGGCUAUCACGUGCAGCUUCCAGAUCCUGUACUUCUUUACCUCCGAGAUAUUUCCGACCAAUGUUCGGAACAGCCUGUUGUCUUUUUGCUCCAUGGUGGGUCGCAUUGGUUCCAUGCUGGCCCCACAGACUCCCCUGCUGGCCAAGUAUUACAUCUACGCCCCACAGAUCCUGUUUGCCACUUUCGCGCUUAUCAGCGGCUUUUUAACCUUGGCCUUCCCGGAGACGGCGGACAAGGUGCUGCCCACCACUAUGGAGGAGGCCCUCAACCUGGCCAACCAUCGGCGACAGCCAGGCGUAGGGGAGGAGGAGGCGCCGGAAGCGGAAGCGUCACGGAGAGAGGAUAAAAGUAAAAGAGAUUACCUUUCAUAG